AUGCAUCCUACAGAAACACAACCGCCUCCGACACCGACAUUCCUCAAGCUUUCAUAUCCAGCGCCACGAGUCCUUCUGAUCCGCAUGGAUCGCCCUAAGGAUCUCAAUGCCAUGUCAACUACGGCGCAAUGGGAAAUGGACUCGGUAUGGAAAUGGCUGGACCUAGAGCCCAAGUUGAGUGUCGCAGUCAUUACGGGCACAGGUCGAGCCUUUUCCGCGGGGGCUGAUCUCAAGGAGUGGAAUAAUUCCAUGUCAGACGAUGCAAAUCCCAAGAAUCGAAUGGGCAAUGCGCCCGCAUUCAAACCAUUGUCACGGCGGUUAGGAAAAAAGCCCGUCAUUGCCGCCGUCAAUGGGCUGGCUAUGGGAGGUGGCUGCGAGUUUAUUGUCAACUGUGAUCUGGUCGUGGCCGCCGAGGAUGCUUAUUUUGGGCUUCCCGAAGUGAAACGAGGACUCGCUCCGAUAGGCGGUGCUCUGCCGCGUCUGAUAAGAACCAUUGGCCUGCAGCGGGCGUCGGAGUUCGCGCUGACGGGAAGAAAAGCAAGUGCGCAAGAGUUGUUUGCGUGGGGCUUGGUGAACAAGGUGGUUCCCAAGGAGCAAGUCGUGGAUGAGGCCGUCAGGUACGCAAAAGACAUUGCCGCAAAUAGCCCAGAUGCUAUCAUAUGUACGAGAGCUGGGUUGAGGCAGGGCUGGGAGACGGCUUCGGUUGAGAGAGCAGUGGAGAUUACACUAGAAAGAGAGUUUGCCGAGCUUCAGAGGGGAGAAAACAUCCUCGAAGGAUUAAAGGCAUUCUCAGAGAAGCGAGAGCCGGCGUGGAAAGGAAGUCGCCUCUAA